AUGCAGCAUCAUCUCGCACAAGUUCAUCGAAACGAUCCAAGGUUACAUCUCAUAUGCGAAGUACCUGACUGCCAUCACACUUUCGCUAAGAUUAACUCAUAUAAGAGCCAUCUGAGACGAAAGCAUAGCGACGUAAAUCUUAAGUUAGCCAACACUCCAGAAAUUGAGAAUAUAAAUGUAGAUCUCCAAGACCAACCGAUACAAGAUUGUGGAGGUGAACUUUGUAAUGGAAUCGACAAUGUGCAAGAGAACCCUGUUCAAGCGAUGAGAGAUCUUAGUGCAAAAUUCAUUUUGAAAACCAAAGAAACUAACUUGUUAACACAAAAGUGUGUGGACAAUAUUGUUGAAGAUUCAACUGAGCUGGUUCGAGGUACAGUUAAUGCUCUCAAGAGUGGCUUACAAAGUUGCUUGAUCAAUGCUGGGCUUAAUUUUGAUGAAGUUCCAGGAUUAUGUCAACUUUUUGAAGAGGAUAAUCCAAUCUCAAAUCCCUUUGAACAUGUGUCCACACAGUACAAACAAAAUGCAUACUUUAAAAGUCAAUUUGGACUGGUGCAACCUCAGCGUAUUACUGUUGGCCACAGUUCUGUAAAGAGAAGAUCUGGAACAAGCUUCAAAGAGGUCCUAAAAGAUGAUGAAAUAAUUUACGUCCCAAUUCUUGAGUCUUUGGAGCAAAUGCUCAACAAUGACUUCAUACUUAAAGAGGUUCAGACUGGUCAUCAACGCCAGCAUGGCAAUGGUCUGAUUGAAGACAUUUGUGAUGGCCAUUUAUUCAAGACCCACCCAUUGUUCUCUUCUGAUCCAAGUGCUAUUCAGUUAAUGCUGUAUUAUGAUGAUGUCGAAAUUGCUAAUCCUCUUGGAAGCAAGGCUGGGAAGCACAAAUUAGGAGUUGUUUACUACACUUUGGGCAACAUUGACCCUAAGUACCGAUCACAACUUGAUUCAAUUCAGUUGUUAUUAAUUGCCACAACACCGGUCAUCAAGCAGUAUGGUAUUGAUGCUUUGUUAGAUCCUUUUAUGAAUGAUCUUGAGCAUCUUGAAAAAGAUGGUGGUUACCAGUUUACUAUUAAAGGUGAGCCACAGUCCUUUGCUGGAACAAUUGUAAUGGUUUCAGGAGAUAAUCUUGGUUGUCAACUAAUCGGAGGGUUUAAAGAAGGACCAGGUGCACACCUGAAGUGUCGACAAUGCAUGGGGAACACACAGGAAAUCAAGUGCAAGUUCAUGGAAAAGUAUUUCACCCUCCGCACAAGAGCUGGCCACAACCGGCAAUGCCAAUUAAUUGAACAGGAUCAAGGACUCAGCAAAACAUAUGGGGUUUGCAGGCUCUCUGUUCUUUGUAACUCACGUUACUAUCAUGUGGUUGAUGGCUUGCCUGGUGAUGCCAUGCAUGAUAUCCUGGAAGGUGUUCUUCAGUAUGAAUGUAAAGAAAUGCUCAAAGAGUAUAUUUUUAAAGAGAAGUAUCUUACACUUGAGCAGUUAAACGAAAGGAUGCGCUGUUUUGACUAUGGAUAUUUCAAUGACAGAAAUAAGCCAUCACCAAUUGCUGUUCAAACUCUGAAAAAUGAAGCGCACAAUCUCAAGCAAAAAGCAGGACAAAUGUGGUGCUUGGGAAAAUUUCUACCCCUCAUUAUUGGUAGUUCAGUUCCUGGUGAUGAUGAAAGAUGGCUGCAUUUCUUGCUGCUGCUCAAGAUUGUUGACAUUAUAUUUUCACCAGUUGUGAGCGAAGAUGACCUAAGCAUCCUGGAAGGUUAUAUUGAGGAAUAUUUAUGGCUGUUUACCAACAUAUACCCUGGAUGCCCUCUUAUUCCAAAGAUGCACUAUUUGGUGCACUAUCCUGCACAUAUUUACAAGUUUGGACCCAUGGUGCGUAGUUGGUGCAUGAGAUAUGAGGCAAAGCAUCGGUACUUUAAAAGAUUGGCUGCAUACAUGGGUAAUUUUACCAAUGUUGCUCUCAGCUUGGGAGAGCGCCAUCAGACACGCAGCUGUUAUCUGAUGAAUGUUCAAUGUGGUGGCAAUACUAGCCCUCUUGCAAAGCAGCCUAAAAUUGAGUCUGGAAAACAAGUUGUUGCAGGAGACAGUGAAUAUUUCCAAUUAUUAAAAGAUAGGGAACCGACACUAGCUGACACCAAUGUCCUGCACAUACAAAGAAAAAUUUCAGUUCAUGGCACAGAAUACAGAGUUGGUGCUGUGGUGCAUGUUGAAAGUCUGCAUAAUGAUCUGCCAGUUUUUGCAUUAAUUGUAGAAAUAUUUGUACUUGCUGUAGACAAGAUUUAUUUUAUUCUGGAGAGAUUUAUAACAGUUAAAUUCUCAUGCCAUUUCCAUUGCUACGAAGUUCAAAGGCAUGCUAAUGCACAAGCAUUUAUACUUCAGCCUACAAUGCUAAGGAUGUACCUUCCCAUGCAUACAACAAAGGCAUCUUCCUGCGAAAGUGAUAUUCUAUAUGUCAUGCCAAGAUAUCAACUCCCACAAACACUUUAGGGUUUACUGUAAAUAUUAUUGUAAAUUAUUAUUGCAAUUAUGUCAAUGUAAAUAUAUAUAUUGCUGUAAAUAUAGAUAUUAAUGUAAAUAUAGUUUCCACAAAAAGAUGAAUUUAACAACGUCAACGCUUAAUUCAAAUAUCCGGUACGGCCUCUUUUUCGCUGGUACAGCCAGGCUAUGCAGGCUACGUGAUGAUUCACCACGUGCUCAAGAUGGCGGAACGAGUAAAUAUUGAAGAGAUUAGGCAUGAAAGCCAAGAGAAAGAUGAGGCACUAGUCAAACAAAGACGCGAUCGAAAAGAUGAUCCAGAUAAGGUGUUUGAGGCAGAAAAGAAAGAAGAAAAGAAAACCAGCAGGAAAAGAAAGAAAAAGAGAAAAGAAAAAAAAGAAAAAAAAAGGAAAGUGGCAGAAGAAUACGAGUCAGAUGACACUGUUGUUGAUGUCCGAGAGUUUGGAGAUAAAGAAGAGGAAGCAUGCACUUUGGAGAGGACUGAGUCUCUCACACCUUAUGAAUUGGAAUUGCUGUACGAUAAAAAAUAAAUUUGUUAAAAGCUG